AUGGGCUCGACGCUCCUUUCAUUACUGGCCCUGUCCGGGCUCAGUUAUGCUACCUUCGGGCCCUCGUGCAAAUGCGCAAGUGAUUCCUGCUGGCCUUCCAUCGAUACCUGGAAUGCAUUGAACUCUUCCGUCUCCGGCAAACUCAUUCUUGAUACGCCGCCCGCCAUCUCCUGCUACCCGGGUCCUUACCAGAAUGCGGAACAGUGUGCCUACGUGAACUCGCAAUGGUACAAUUCUACGUUCCAGUCUCUGUCUCCCGUCGGUUACGUUUACCCGACCGAUGACUCGUGUCCUCCUGUCGAUCUGAGCUCCGGCGAAACCCCCGGAAAGUGUACACUGGGCCAAGCCCCAGUGUACACAAUCAAUGCGACAGAACCAGAGGAGCUGGCAGCGGGCAUUGCUUUUGCGAAAAAGAAUAACGUGCGUUUGGUUGUAAGGAACACAGGACAUGAUAUCCUGGGAAAGUCGGAGGGAUAUGGAGCUCUCCAAAUCUGGAUCAAGUACAUUCAGAAGGGUAUCACGUACCAGGAAAGCUACAAAGCGUCGGAUGGAUGUGGCAAGAGUAAAUGGACCGGUGCUGCCUUUACCGUUGCUGGAGGUUACGUCUGGCAAGACGUGUAUGCCGAAGUCUUCAAGCGCAACUUGACCAUCGUUGGUGGCGGCGACCCCACCGUCGGUGUCAUUGGUGGUUACGCCCAAGGUGGCGGUCAUUCUCCCGCGAGUCGCGAUUACGGUCUCGGUGCCGACCAGAUCCUCGAAGCGCAAGUUGUUCUCGCCGAUGGCAACAUUGUCACGGCAAACGCUUGCCAGAAUUCUGAUCUGUACUUUGCUAUCCGUGGUGGUGGCGGAGGCACCUACGGCGUGGCUAUCUCCAUGACCUUUAAAGCGUAUCCCACCCUGCCUGUCGUUGCACAGUCUCUCACCAUCACUCCGCUGAGCAGCAACACUGACCCACUCCUGGAUGCUAUCACCGAUAUCUAUGGUCAAUAUCCUGCUUUGUCUGACGCUGGCUACUCUGGCUACGGCACCUGGUCUAUCAACGGACCCAUGGCCCUCUUUGGCAACCAGACCAUUGGCUACGUUCAUGCCAUUGCAACCAUGGGCAAGUCGCUGAGUGCCUCCCAAGCCGCCUUCGCGCCCCUGUUGUCCAAGCUGCAAAAAUACAACGGCACCUCCCUCUUUAUCACCGUCAACUACUACCAGUUCCCCAGCUAUGCUGCCUAUUACACAACCAUGUCAGGUAUGCACCAGCCCGUCGGUUCGGCCAACUCCGCCUUGACCUCCCGCAUGUUCGACAAGGGUGCUCUGACUGUGAAUCCUACCAUCCUCCGCUCCAUGAUCGGCGCCAUCGCCGGCAAGCCCGAGGAGUACACCAUCAACAGCUUGGAGAUGGUCGGCGGCGGAAAGGUGCUCACAGACGGCUCUGAUCCCUACUCUAGCGUGAAUCCCGCCUGGCGCUCAACCUACAUUGUUAACGUCGUCGCACGAGGAUGGCCCGAGGGUGCGGAUGCGGCCACCGCUCAGGCCGUCAAAGACGACAUUACAUACGUCAAGGGCGGCGCCAUGAGACUACUCACGCCGUUCUUGGGCAGCUACAUGAACGAGGCUGACCGCAAUGACCCUCUCUGGGCCACGGACUUUUUCGGCACCAACUACAUCCGUCUCGCGCUGAUUAAGAAGAAGUACGAUCCUGAGGGAGUGUUCUACUGCCCCAAGUGUGUGGGCAGCAUGACAUACUACCAGAAGAACUUGGAUGGGUUGGAUUACGGCCCGCUGUGCUCUAUUGGCUUCUAG